AUGAAAUAUAUAUUGUUACUUACUGCCCUUCUGGUGGUGGUGAGUUCAGCUGUAAAAAUUCAAAUCGAAAACAACGUUAGAUUGGAGGAUAACUCUGAUUUCCAAAUUGGUACCGGUAUCUAUGAUAUUACUGGACCAGCCGCCGAAACAGGUAUGAUGGGAUAUGCCAUGCCAGGUCAAGUCACCGGUGGUAUCCAUUUCCGUUUGAGAUCACGUGCUUUUGUAUUUAUAGAUUCAAAUGGCAACCGUGCCGUCUAUGUCAGCACUGACAGUUGUAUGAUUUUCCAAGCCGUCAAGAUUCAAGUCGUCCAAUUGCUCGAGGAACACUUUGGACCAAAUGUAUAUAGUCACGAAAAUGUUUUGCUCUCUGGUAUCCACACUCACAGUGGUCCAGGUGGUUACUCAAUGUAUGCCCUCUAUGGUAUCACCACCCUCGGUUUCUACAAGGAAAGUUUCGAUGCCAUCUGUGAAGGUAUCGUCCAAUCGAUUAUCCGUGCUCACAACAACGUCAAGCCAGGUAAAAUCACUGCCGAACAAAGUAAAUUAUAUGACUCAAAUAUCAAUCGUUCACCAACUGCUUAUUUGAAUAAUCCAGCUGAGGAAAGAGCUUUGUAUGAGAAUGAUGUCGAUAAGAAUAUCACUUUGAUUAAGAUGGUCGAUACCAAUGGAAGUCCAAUUGGUGCUUUGACAUUCUUUGCUGUCCAUUGUACAUCGAUGAACAACACCAAUCAUUUGAUUAGUGGUGACAACAAGGGUUACGCUUCAUACGCAUGGGAGAAGUUGUUCAACAAUAACUCAUUGCCAGGUACUGGUCCAUUCAUUGCCGCUUUCGGUCAAUCGAACGAAGGUGACGUCUCGCCAAACACACUCGGUGCAUUCUGUCCAGAUGGUUCAAGAUGUUACGCUCCAGACUCGACAUGCAACGGUAAGAACGAAGGUUGCAAGGGUAUCGGUCCCGGAAAGGAUGGUGACAUGUUCGAAUCCACUCAGAUCAUCGGUAACAACCAAUUUCAAAAGGCUUUGGAGAUGUGGGAGACCGCAUCCAUUCCAGUCCAAGGUUCCGUUCAAUACCGUCAUACCUGGUUGCCAAUGACCAACAUCACCGUCUACCCACCAUUCACCCCAACUGCCGAGCCAGCUACCACCUGUCGUGCCGCCAUGGGUUACUCUUUCGCCGCCGGUACCACCGAUGGUCCAGGUGCCUUUGACUUCACCCAAGGUGACAACAACACCAACGGUAACGUCUUCUGGAAUUUCAUCUCCAAGUUCAUCGCCAAGCCAACCGAAGACCAAAAGCAAUGUCAAGCACCAAAGCCAAUUUUGAUCGACGUCGGUCUCACCAAGCCACUCCCAUGGACUCCAGAUGUUGUCCCAAUCCAAAUCAUCACCAUCGGUAACAUCGUUUUGUGUGCCGUUCCAGGUGAAUUCACCACCAUGUCUGGUCGUCGUUUGCGUAACACUGUCUACGAGAUUUUGAAUGCUCAAGGUAGUGGUAUCGAGAACCCAAUCGUUUUGGUUGCUGGUCUCUCCAAUACCUAUUCCGGUUACAUCGCCACCUACGAAGAAUACGAAGUUCAAAGAUACGAAGCUGCCUCAACCAUCUUUGGUCCACACACUUUGGGUGCCUACCAACAAGAGUUUGCCAAGCUCGCCACCUCCAUCGCCCAAAACAACCAAGUCGAACCAGGACCCUUCCCAAGAAACAUGACCGGUCACACCUUCUUCUUCUUGCCACCAGUCGUCUAUGACGAAGCCCCAGGUGGAAACUUUGGUGCCAUCUACCAAGACGUCGGAACCACAUACGCCGUCAACGACACUGUCACCGCUGUCUUUUACGGUGCUAACUUGAGAAACAACUUUAUGAUUGAGAGCACCUUCUUGUCGGUCGAUCUCGAAGUCUCACCAAACCAAUGGGAAACCUUGUUCGUCGAUGGUUCAUGGGAGACCAAGAUCUACUGGAAGAUGCACGUUCCAGAAAUCGCCCAAUCACUCAUCACCGUCGAAUGGACCAUUCCACCAACCAUUUCCGCAGGUACCUACCGUAUUACUCACCAAGGUUAUGCCAAGCCAUCAAUGUUCUCCGAUAAGCUCGUUCCAUACUCCGGUCAAUCAAGUACAUUCACUGUCACCGCCUAA